CAAAUGUGAAACCCCUUGCUGGCAAACAGGCACCGAGUAUAAGUACUGAUCGAUCGAUCUAUCACAUCUUGACUCAUCCGAUAUUGGGCGACUCCGAGUCCGUGCUUGUUCAAACCAACAUAUAGUUUGGCUUGUGUUUCUCGGAAGUUCUAUGACGGUGCGCUGAAGGAAUCCGAGGGGUCGUGCUUGAGCCUUGUCACAAAACGGGCAGUGCGGGUCCUCGGUUGUAGAUAAGAGAUGGUUGGUGCUCUGACACAGUGACACUGACACUACUGACAGGAAAAUUCUGAAAAUUUAAAUUUUGCUGCUUAGGAAUUUCCAUUUAUGAACGGACAAGCGCAAAUCCUUUGCCUCCAGGAACAACUUGUACUGAUCGCCCUGGCCACAAGUCCCUCUCGUCCGUACAUUUCAAUCUUAAAGAAUGUCACGACAUUGCAGGGAUUACCAAACCUCAAAACAGCGAGCCAACACAAAGGUCGCAGGAGUUCGGAGGGCAGGUGCCCGUCCUACGCAUCCGUACCAAUACCAACAUAUCAUUCCACGGUUCAUAUUGCGAAGAUUCGGAGUCGGACCUCCGAAGUCUAGAAAAGAACGAAGCAAAGAAUUUCGACGCACCGGCGUUGAUCCCGAAUAUGUCCUUUACUACGAUGUUGCCACGGGCAGCCUUGACACUCGCCCUAUUGGAAAGGUUUACGGCGUAAUGGGUAUCUACCAGGAUGUCCGUAACACCAGAAAUAUCAACGAACUAGAGGAGAAACUAGCGCGCCUCGAAUCUCAGGCAGCCUCCAUCAUCGAGAACUUGCAUCGAGCACUUCCUCAGGGUACUCUCACUCUGAAGCACGGGUCUCUAGAACUCCUGCAAAAGUUCCUGUUUCUCAUGCAUUAUCGCAAUUCCAGCCGAGCCUCUGAAGCGGAUCGCGCGGAAAAUGCAAAGGCCCGUCAGUGGAUUGAGCGCACCACGAAGGCGAAGGGCAUUCAAUCUGCUGUCGAUGUGUGGCGGUAUAUCCUCAGAUACUACCUAGAUUCAUCGCAUUCAGACCUCAUGCGAGAUGCUGCAGAAGUCGUAGAGAAGCGCGGUGAAGGUAUUCAAGAGAUGCAUGUCCCACCUGUCACAUAUCGCACUUACGUGGACGACUAUUUUCUCAGCAUUUGGGAAGCCGCGCCAGGGGAAGAAUUCAUACUCACGCACAAUGCAUUCGGUUUGUCGGAAGGUUCUGCAAGUAGCUGCCCUGCCCUGCACCGCAUAUUCGUGCUCAGCCCUUACAUUGCUGUUGUCCUGUGCAAUAUGCGGCUGCGACCAGAAACAAAAGAUACACAUGGCCGGGUUCACUCGAGAGCUCCUUGCUUAAUGUGAAUCCAGCCCCACCAGCUCCAUUUUACGCCGGUAAAGAAGACCCCUUUACACACCCAAAGUCCUUAUGGAAGAGGAAAAUCGAUAGCUUUGCAUUCAUAAUCACAAAGCUAACUCGAUCCCAAACACUGGAGCUCAAUUCUGUUGGAUUAUCCAACCUG